GGGAAGAAAGAUGUGUCUUUGCUGCUUGUUCAGGCUUUGUGUUGUUCUACUCCUUCCAGCUUGGAUGAAUCAUGGAGCGGUUUGGCAUGAACUUUGGAGGUGGCCCAAGUAAGAAAGAUCUUCUAGAGACUAUUGAAUCACAGAAGAAGCAGCUGCUUCAGUACCAGGUUCGGCUGAAGGAUGUUGUCAGAGCCUACAAGAGUCUGCUCAAGGAGAAGGAGGCCUUGGAAGCCAGCUUGAAAGUGUUGUCUGUAUCUCACAAGGCAGAUGCUGGGUUGAGUGGUGCUCAGCCUAUGUCUGUGGUCAGCUCCAGCUCUUCCUUUGCCGAUUGUGCUGAUGACAAGAGCUCUGUUCACAGUGAAGAUAGCGUGGGGACAGCUGCCAGUGCAGACACUGCUGCCAGCCUGGCCAGUACUAAGGGUGAAGCAGGGCCUGAGGAUGAUAAGCUCGUGGCUGCUGCUUCUUCCUCUGUUAAAUCAGAGGAGACGAGUGGUUCAGAGAGCGGCAUGAGCACGAGCAGUGGGGAUGUACCAUCUGCUGCCAGUGAGGCUGACAAAAGAGUUCUGCUACUGAAGACCCAACUGGCCACCCUGACCAGUGCUCUGGCAACAGUCACACAGGAGAAGUCCCGCAUGGAAGCCUCCUACCAAGCGGAAAAGAGGAAGAUGAAGCAGGACCUGGAUGAUGCUGCUAAGAAAGCAGAGGAUGAGACUGAGAAGCUGGAGGCAGAGCUGAAGUGUGUCCAGGAGCAGCUGGCUGAGACCAAAGCCCGUCUGAUCACCCAGCAGCACGACAGGGCCCAGGAGCAGAGUGACCACGCUAUUAUGCUGCGGGAGCUGCAGAAGCUGCUGCAGAGUGAGAGGGCUUCACGCCAGGAUGCUGAGCUGAAGCUGGAGGAGACCAGGGAGAUGCUGGCUCGGAGAGCCUGCGUGGCUGAGCGAGCAGAGGGCUACGAGCUGCAGAUCAAGCAGCUGAGCCAGGAGGUGGAGGACCUGAAGAGGGAGCUGCAGGAUGCUCAGGAGGAGAACAAGAAGCCAGACCCGCGGAUACAGGGUCUGCAGGAGGAGAUGGCUAGCCUCAAGAACCACUUCCAAGUGCAGCUGCUGCGGGAGAUGAAAAAGGCUGCACAGGCAGAGGAGCAGCUCCGCCAGCACGCCCAGAUGGAGGAGAGGCGAGUGGCUGACCUGGAAGGCCAAGUCUCUGAGGUGUCGGAACUCCUUGGCAGCUAUGAGAAAGCCAAGCAGAAGGACCAGCUGAUCAUCCAGAAACUGAAGGACCGCAUUGUACAGCUGGACCUGGAGAACAAAACCCUGGCCAUCGCUGCCUCCAGCCGAGCCCCUGGGGAUGCUCACGUGGAAGAAGCCAACCUGGAUGUUAAUGUUCUGAAGGAUAAAAUGGAAAAGCUGAAAAAGCUCUUGCAGGCAGCAGCUAAGAAGAGUGAAACCCCUCUGGACAUCGAGAAGCUGUGUGAGCUGGAGCCUCCAAAGGGCACUGAGGCUGGGGAUGGCGAGAAGGCCACUGCUGUGUACUACCAGCAGGAGCUGAAGCAGCUCAAGGAAGAGUUUGAGAGGUACAAGAUGAGGGCACAGGUGGUUCUCAAGAACAAGUCAACCAAAGACAUCAACUUGUCUAAGGACCUGGAGGAGGCUCAGGAGCAGCUGGCUGACCUGAAAGAGAAAUACAUUGUGCUUCAGCUGGCCUCUGAUGAAAUGGAGAAGCAGCACCAGCAGGACAUGGAAGCCAAGAAGCAAGAGUUGUCCCAGCUGCAGCAGAUCCAUAGGCAGGAGUUAGAGAGGUGCCAGCUGGACUACAGGGAGCGGGCACUGAAGCUGGAGGAGGAGAUGCACAAACAGCGGGACCGAGCCCUGGCAGUGCUGGCAGAAAAGGACCAGGAGCUGGAGCAGCUGAGAGCUGUCCCACUGCCUUAUGGGCGUCAAGGGUCCAAAACCUACCUCGUGUCAGAUGGUGCUUGCAAUGACUCCCCAGGCAGUGAUUCCUCAGAGAUUCUCCCCCAGGCUCUUCACCUCUCCAGCACCAGUGAGCCCACCUUCAUCUUGUACGCAGAGCAGCUGGCUCGCAAAGAAGUGGACAUUGUUGCCCUGAGGAAGCAGAAGCACAAGCUGGAAAUGCAAGUUCACCACCUCCAGAAGAGGAUCUUGGUUGAGGAGGAAAAGCACCGCGAAGAGGUGUCUGCACUUCAAAGUGAGAUGGAGAAGAACUUGAGGGAUAAGAGCAGAGAAGGAGCCAACCUGGAGUACCUCAAGAACAUUGUGUACCGGUUCCUGACGCUGCCGGACGCGCUGGGGCGGCAGCAGACUCUCACAGCCAUCCUCAGCAUCCUGCAUUUCAGCCCGGAGGAAAAACAGACCAUCACAAAGCAGUCAGCUUCCAGCAGCUGGUGGCUGGCUGGCAAGAGAUGAGGCUGCAGCUUUUGUUCCAGACUGCUUUUGCACGGGGACAUGUCCUUGAUGGUUAACUGAGACCACUUCACUCAGGGUGUAACCUCCUUCCCACCAUGCGAUGGAGCAGGGAGCUCUCAGCAAAGAACUGUGCUUCAGGCAGUGCUUGUAGCACUGGUUUGUAUUUGAGUCGUGGCAUCACAGCGCUCUCUGGUGUGAGGAUUUGCUCUGAGUUGGAACUUGAUGAAAUAAUAAAUAAAAUUGAAGCUACUGA